UCUUUACUAUCUUCUCCAUUUCUCACUGUACGUCUUCUUUUUUUCCAGUCUCUCUCUCAGCGAAAGAGCAAAAAAGCCAUAGCCAGCAAGUGAACCCAGAGAUUACUGGAGCAGAAUCUUACCAGUCACCACUCGCUCGCUCCGUCGUCGACGUAUUUUCAACUUUACUAACAAAAACUAACCAAGUUAGUUUUAGCUUCUUCUUCUUAAUCUGUAGGCAGAAGAUUUGAUUAAGGGGAAUGGAAGCUACUCAGGUCAAUGCUUCUAACGGGUUCGAGGAUGGUGUUGAGUCUGUUGGCCUCAGUGAUCAGUUAACUGAAGUACCAGCAGGUGUGGGACCUACGGCUGAGAUGAAGUUUGAUUUAUGCACUGACGUAAGUACAUCUUUUGAGAAUAAGAAGCAAAGUAUUCCAAGGGAUCAGCAUUCGCAAGACUCUUCUAUGCAUCUGGGUAUUAGUUGUGACCCCAGGGUGCAAGUUUCCGCAUCCGAUUCGGUAGGUGUCUCAAAUUGCUAUGUAUUCAAGAGCCAGUUACAAGAAUAUGCGCAAAAGGUUGGUUUCCCAACGCCUGUGUACGAGACAAUUAAAGAUGGCCCUUCACACGAGCCUUCUUUCAAGUCGACUGUGGUAGUAAAUGGUGCAAGAUAUGAAUCACUGCCCGGGUUCUUCAAUCGUAAGGCAGCGGAGCAAUCAGCGGCCGAAAUUGCAUUAAUGGAUUUGUCAAAGAGUGGGGAUACAAAACAUUCAAUUGCUGUGCCUGUGCAUGAGACGGGUUUGUGCAAGAAUUUGCUCCAGGAAUAUGCGCAGAAGAUGAAUUACGCAAUUCCUACAUACAUAUGCCACAAGGAUGAUGAUACCCCUGGUAAGAAGUCAUCCUUUUAUUGUACGGUUGAGAUAGGAGGUAUUAAAUACAUUGGUGCUUCAGCUAGAAACAAAAAAGAAGCCGAGAUUAAAGUUGCAAGGACUGCCCUACUUGCAAUUCGGUCAAGUCGUACUGUUGAGAGUCAAGAUAUUGACGGUAAACCUAAGUAUACAGUUGUCCCGGGCAAAAGAAAGAUGCCAGAGAAAGGGGAGACUGACAAGGUGAAGAAGAAGCCAAAGAAAUUCCGGUUUAAGAAGUCUAAGCUUAACCAAACUGGGAUUAUGGGUGUUUUGGUCAGUAAUGAUGUAAGCACUCCUUUAGUUCUGCAACAUGCCUUGUCUAAUGCCCAAAUACCAAAUCAUGAACAAAAUCCCCAAUUUUUCCCAAGUUCAGAUCAGGAUAUUGAGUUCAUGAAUAAUAACCAGCUUAAUAGAAAAUCAUCUGUUGUCAAAGAUGUUUCUGUUCCUGAAGUUGACGUAGUUGACUGUAGCCAUAAUCAAGUGACUGUUUCUGGUUCUCAAGUGGAUGAUCAUGGAAACACUUGUUCUGCACAGUCUGCUAUCAGAAACCACGAUGUGAGUGACGUUAUUCCCGUGACAGAGGCUCCACCCUCUGUGCAGUCAUAUGAAGAGAACAAUGAUCAAGGUGUUAGUGAAGUCAUCCCUGUGAUAAAUGCUCCAUUUUCUGGGCAGUUGGAUGCAUUACCUGCAAAUGUUGAGGUUAGUCAGGAUGAUCGAGCCACUGCUGUAGCGGAUACAGAAAACAAUUCGUGCACGAAUGUACCUUCUGACUGAGAUAAGAAACUGCAAGUUUUACAAAAGGAUCAUUUAUAGUGUGUUUUGGAUGAGAGUUUUGUAGGAAGGAUGAGGGAGAGUGAGGGAUCUAUAUCAUUUUGUUUUUCGGGUAGAGGUGGCAAUUCGGGUCAACGGUCAAGUUCAGGUUUGGUUUCGGGUCGAUUUCGGGUUUUGUCAAAAAAUAGGAAUAUCGUAAAACUUAAUAUUGCUACAAAAUAUGAUAAAUGGGUCAUAUCGGGUCGAUUUCAGGUCAUUUGGGUUCAGUUCAGUUCUGGUUUCUCAUUAACUUCAGUCGGGUUAUCAGGUCGGGUCAGAGAUUGCCAACUCUAGUACUUUCGGGCAUGUUUCAACCUAGAUUCACCCAUCUAACAGAAAUCAAACCCGGAUCUAGCUGCUGCUAAAUGCUUGUUGUUGGCCAUAGAGGUUAAUGAUACUAGUAAUUGUUAUGGGCUUCCAUAUCCCUGCCGACACAGAAACUUGUAUUUAGAGAAUAAGAUGUAAACUGGGAAACAGCUACUUAUUUACUACAUUAUGUACUUUACCCAUUUAUGUGGGGGUAGUCACAUUCUUUCAUUCUA